GCUCUAUUUCAUUUCAUUUCCAACUCCCACCAAAUCUCAAUCUUCAUAGAAUCCCACACUUUUAUAGUAUACCACAAUUUUCUAGCCUUAAAUUAGCAUGGCCAAAUCACCAUAUCUAGAGGAAGAUUGUAUCAAAGACUACAAAUUAAAAAAUAAUAGUAACCCCAAUAAAGCAAAGAAUUUGUCUUUCUUUGCUUCUAUUUUCUCCCUUUUCAUCUACAUAUGUAUCUUCUAUAUCUUCAACCUUUCUCCUUAUACUCUCUUGAACAACAACAUAUUUUGGUUUAUCAUGUCCAACACUUUAAUCCUCAUCAUAGCUAUUGACUAUGAAGCAUUCUCUUCAUCCAAACAAAAACAAGAAGAUCUCCAUGAAGAGUAUGUAAAACAUAGUCAAGAAAUUAGAAACCAUGUCUCAUCAAUUCCCACAUAUGAUGAAUUACAAGUUGAUAAGCAAUGUAUUAUUAAUUCCAACCAAGAGUUCUUGCAAGAGGAAAAAGAAACAAUUGUCCCCGAACGUGUGUUGGAAAUUGUCGUUCAAAAUCAACCAAAGAAAAUUAGGACUAGUGAUGAUAGUGCAAAUGAGAAGAAGAAAUCAACACUUCUAUUGCAAGUAGAUGGUGAUGAUGUUCACAAGGAACAUGAAUUAGAGAAAGCAACAUUUCCUACAAGAUCAAUCUACCGAAGAAGUAAAUCUUAUAGACACAAUAGAGCCAAGCAUGUUGUGAUUGAUGAAAGGAGGAACUCAGUGAGAAGGUUAGAGUCUAUGAAGAUGGAACCAAAAAUAGAAGAAGAAAAUGAGUUUUCUAAGAUGUCAAAUGAAGAUCUCAAUAAGAGGGUGGAAGAAUUUAUUCAGAAAUUCAAUAAGCAAAUUAGACUUCAAGCAUCAACUAUAAAUUAAUCAAUGUCCAUCAAAUUUAGACGGUCUUUUCAGAGUUAGAAUCAAAGACUAUAUUCCAAAAAUUUUGGUGUCAUGUCAUAUGUACUUGUUUAAUUAUGUUACAUUUUGAUAUAUACGUUCUUAGUCCUAUCUUUU